CCCAGCAGUGCGCCCACCUGUGCCCAGCAAUGCACCCACGUGUGCCCAGCAGUGCGCCCACCUGUGCCCAACAGUGCGCCCACCUGUGCCCAGCAAUGCACCCACCAGUGCCCACCUGUGCCGCCCACCUGUGCCCACCAGUGCCACCCAUCAGUGCAGCCCAGCAGUGCUGCCAGUCAGUGCCACCAGUCAUCAGUGCCACCUAUCAGUGCUGUCUAUCAGUACCCAUUAUCAGUGUCGCCUAUCAGUGCCACCUAUCUGUGACACCUCAUUAGUGCUGCCCAUCAGUGCCACCCAUCAAUGAUGCCCAGCAGUGCUGCCGGUCAGUGCCGUCUGUCAGUG